AGUUUCCAACAUGGCCGCUUGGCUGACUAAACUUCGGUCGCAGUUUAAAGGCUUUGGCAGCAUUUUAACUGGAAUAAUUGUCGGCGCUGGGUUGACGAAAAUAUACUAUGAGACCUCGGAUACCGAGAAAGAGAAUGUUUCCGCUAAGAAAGAAAUCGAAGAAAUAGUAGCAAAGCACGACAAUCUCAAGCAGGGACGCGAACUGAGGACCAUAAGCCCUCUUCGAGUCGAGACAGAUCUUGACCAAGUGGACAAUUUGCCAGGAAAGAGUGAUACUGAGGAGGAUAAGCUACUCAAGUAUGGUCUCCCACAGAGGUCUCCGGAUUACCUGCGUUAUAAAAAUCACGUCUUGUGUUACGACCAAGCGAAGAAAACUCCUCGGUGGGUGCUCGAACAUUUGACCCGACACAAAGUGAAAGGAGAGGCGAAUAGGAUACACUCUGCGUUUAAGCCCGAUCUAAACAUCCCUGCGGUCUUCCAGUCAAAUAAUGACGACUACUGGGACAGUGGGUGGUCAAGGGGACACAUGGCACCUGCAAGCAACAACAAGUAUGAUCAAGAUGCAAUGAAUGAAACAUUCUACUUGUCAAACAUUGUACCACAAGACUUGGAUAAUAAUUGCAACUUUUGGUACAGACUGGAAGCUUACUGCAGAAGCUUGGCAAAAAGAUACUCUGAUGUUUACAUCGUGUCAGGGCCAUUGUACUUACCAAAAGAAGAGGAUGGAAAGAAGAUUGUCAAAUAUGAGGUUAUAGGCGCUAACAACGUCGCAGUACCAACACACUUGUACAAAGUUAUUUUAGCUGAGGAUAACAUCAAGCAAUCAGUUCUCGGAGCUUUUGUAGUACCAAACGAACCUGUGAGCUUCGAGCAUAAGUUACAGGACUUUCAAGUUCCACUGGACGUUUUAGCGCAGUAUUCAGGUUUGAUAUUUUUCCCGGCGUUUGACGCCGGCAAGGCAAGCGAACUCUGUUUGACGGACGGUUGUAGGUUGCUUUCCAAAGAGCGUAUGGACAUGAUUGUGUUUGGACGACGACUACGAAACGCAACGAGUUCAGAACUUUUGGAGAGCGUUUGGGAAGAAAUGAAAGCGAGUGAGCUGACGGCGGAUGCUUUUACCACUGAUAUAUACGAGACAAAGAAGAAAGAACUACAAGAAAAGGAGGAAGACUUAGCAAGGAUGAAUGAACAAGAGAGGGAUCCGAGGGGAGAAGAUGAAGCAAAAAAAUAGAUAUAAUCAAAGUACUGUUUUAGAUAUUCGCAGGAAAAAAAUAUAAGAAAUAUCGACAAUAGAAAAAAUAUAUGACAUAUACAUGUAAAAUCGGCCGGGAAGCAAGCAGACUUAAUAGUCUUGUAAGCUUUAAGAGGACAGACUGAAUAGCCUCAUCUAAAUCUUCGGGACCUUUCUGUAGAUCACCUACGGGUGAGAAAGCUUCCCGUUAAAAUAUCAUUAUUAAUCAAGCUUUACGAAAAUAAAAUUGUUUGGCUUCGAAUGCCCAGGGCCCC